AUGGCAGACUCCAUCCUCUUCGUGUCUAUGGAUGGGCAGGGCGUAAAGUCAUCGGUGAUUCGUGCUCAUGCAGCACGUAAGGGCCAUCAGAGGUCUCGGCUCAAUACUGCGAAACAGCCAUCCAAAGCACAAUCUGCAAGUGCAAAGAACCAAGCCAGUCCGCCCGUCAAUCCAUUGGUGAAGACUAAACCGCGAAGGAAACCAGCGCGGCCGAAAACAAAGGUCGAGGCGAAGCCGAAGCAAAGCCCGAAAUUGACAUCUGUCCGAGAAGCCAUCAAUGAAGAACUUGAAGCUCGGGACGAGCAAUUGCUCGUUGUCACUUCCAAGAAAGAAUCACCAUCGCCAUUUCAGAUAUGGCUGCCGUCCUGCAUGUCCGACAGAUAUGUUCAGAUGUUCUUCGAAACUAUGAUGCCAAGCUAUACCGCAGCGUAUGACGUUUUUAAUGUCCCGAAUAUCAUCAAGCAAGAAUGGCCACUAUAUAUGAACCAUGAAGUCUUUCUUUGGACUGAGGCAUCUGCGAUUCAGGGACUUUACGAGUCUCUCCAAAAUCCUGACAAGCCUCCCUCGCAGAAAGUCCUCCUCUACCAAGCAAAAGCUCUUUCUUGUCUGAAGCAAGAAUUGCUCAAGACUAAAAAUGGACAACUGGAUGAUUACCUGGUAAUGAGCAUCUUUGUCCUUGCCGCCCUUUCUCUGAUGGCAGGAGACGAGGUCGCUCACAAUGCGCACAAGACGAUCCUUCGGACCGCUUUCGCGGCGGCUGGUGGUCUUCACAAUUAUGGCUCAUUCGUACGCAACACCACUAUGCGCCUAGAUUCAUUCUGGCGCAGUACUGCUGACGAACCUAAAGAGCCUGCUGUGCCAUUGCUCUUACCAUCGCGGUUGCCCAAGAUGCCAAGUCACCCUUUUGCGCCUGAACUUUGCACAAUCGUUGGCAAUCUGCCUGUCGGAUUUCAAGAAUUAGCUAUUCAACGCAAGUUACCGCUUGAUAUCCUCGAGGUGCUUGCUCGUAUCUCGAAUCCUUCUCAGAAACCUCUCUCGGCAGUCCUAUCUGAGUCUAGUGGCUCUUCACAAGAUAACCGUUCUCCGGCAACGCAGUGCGGAAUGUACGUCGACUUCUGGGAAUCUUGUCCAUCACUUUCUUCCAACAGGAAAGACGCGAAUGGUGAGCCUCCACUCGAACGACUUCUGUCUCUAGCACUCCUCAUCUAUGCAACUAAUCGUGACGGCACGAAUCCUUUACGUAUGUACAAUUGCAUUACGAACGGUGCUAUAUACGACCUUCACCAUGACCUAUCACACUGCGAAGUGAGGCGAAGCAAAGAGGAAGAGCAUUGCUUGUUCUGGAUCUGGACAGUUACGAUUGACGCAAUGCGAAAUCGCUUCGGCGAGCUCACAGCACAAGGUGAGCAAUUACUAGAGCAGCAGAAGAAAAGGUUCCCAGGUAUGGUGGGCACCGAGAAGGAAGAAAAGUUGCUUCAGCGUUUCUGGUUCGCAUCGAAUCGCUCGAAUGGAAGCUGUCUAUUCGUGAGCAAUUCAGAAUUCGUCCAGGGUCGGGGAAAGCUUAGACGCGAAGGCACAAACAUCAGUACUACCAGCAGACGGUCAGACUGUGCUAGCUCGCCAGGUGCGAGUGGUGGAUUGAGUUUCGACAGGACAGAAAGCAUGGACGAUUGGAGCGUGACAACACCGAGAGCUGAGAAUGAAGUGGCAGAUUUUGAGCAUGUUCGAUCGAACUCCAGUCAAAUCGACGAGACAGAGAGUGUAGUUUCGAAGUGGCACGGGCCUGGGUUCGGAUUAUUGCCGAAAGGAAGCUUUAUGGAAGAAGUGCCUGAGCUUGGUUAUGGUAAGAUUGGACGUAGGAGGAAGCAGUCACCUGUUAGAUGUCUCGCUGGCUAG